CCUAAUUUUGGUGAAUUAUCAGAAGCACUUCCUGCUUUUCUACCAUUAUAAAAGUAGAAAUAAAAAUAAAAUAAAUGAAUCCACAAUUUAACGAGAAAGAAAAAAACAAAUAGAAAGCACAGAAACAAAAUAUUUAGUAACUUAUAUCUUGAGUGUUAAAAUUUUUGGGUCAUGUUAAGUAAUACAUAUGGAGUUGUUGAAAAAUAAAAAAACUGCGGAUGUGUGUAAGGUCAAAGGCAUUAUUUUAAAAUGCCCUUCAAUCGUACGCAUGAUACAUGACACUGUGCAUAAUUUAAAAUUUAAAAUUUAAAAUUACUUGGAGGAUAUUUUAUAUCAUUUGAUUUUUUUAUACACUGCGCUUGUUCAUGAUUGCAUGGCGCAGAAGCAGAUACUGCAACUACGUGUUUUAUCAGGGAAAAUAAAAUAAAAAAAAAGCCACCCAGCUGAUUUUUAUUCUUUGAUAUUUGCUGGACUAGCCGACUAGUCAGUUGUCUUCCAAAGUUCCAACUCUAUUUGUGCUUGGUGUAUAAAACAUUGAAAAAAAUAUUAAUAACAUAAUUUUAGUAAAUUUAAUAUUAAUCAUCAAAUGAUAUAUAUUUAAAUUUUAUUCACUUCAUGACCCUAAAAAUAUUAUAAAAGAUAAAUUUUUUAUUUUCAAACUUUGUGUUUAUUUAAUUUAUAAAUACUUACUUUGAUUUCUGUAGCUCGUUAUCUCAUAAAAAAGCUUCGUGUCAUAAUAAAUUGUUUGAUAAAUCCUAUUUCAUUAUAUUCAAUUGUAAAAUAAUAUUCUAUUAAGUAGUAAUUUAAAUUUAUUUUUAUUAUUUUCGACAAUUUAUUUAAUACAAAAAUUAAUAAAAAUAAUAUAUUUCUACAUCAUUGGAUAUUAAAUUUGUGAAUUUUUUGCCAACUCAGUGAUGAGAUUAAUAAUUUUUUUAUGUUACUAAUGAGAUUAUGAACUGAUAAGAGAUAAAACUGACAAAAAUAAAUAUUAAAAAUUACUUGUCAAGUAAAAUAUAUUUAAUUUGAAAUAUAAAAUUAGUAUUCUUGUGUUGUUUUGUUAAUAUUAUCUGUCUUGAAUGAUUCAAAUAAUAUCCAUCUGAUCAAUAAUGCUAAAAUGCGGUAAACUUACACGUUGAUAAAAAAAUAUUUCCCAAAUAAAUCUUGCUUCUCCCACGUGGUAAUAAUAAAAAAAAAAUAAUAAUUUAUAUUUAUAUGCGCAUGAGCAUCCCCCUACUUUGAAGUCUUGAUUUUUAUAUUUUAAAACAGUCACAACGUGGAAUUAAAUAUCAGAAUAAAAACAACCUUAAGACUGGAUGAAUAUCAUCGAGUUUAUUUUAAAAUAAUUUAGUGUUUUAAUGAGUAUUAAUUUUAUGUGAUUAUUAUCUAAAAGUAAUAACGGUGUAAAUGUAAAAAAUAUCUAAAUUAAUUAGUUGAAAAUAUUAUAUAUCAAAAUUAAAAAUGAAUAAACAAUAUAACAUGAAAUUAAAAUUAAAUUAAAAUUAAAAAUUUCCUGUUAGUGAUUUAUUAAUUUAUUUUUUUUUUCUCUCACUGAGUUAAUAUAAACCAGGAAAAAAAAUAAUAAUUAUUUUGAUUAAUAAUUGUCUGUGUUGUUCAAGUAAACAUUUCAAUAAUCAAGAUUAAAAUUAUUAACACAAUAAUGUCAUAUUUACUGAUGUCUAGAUAAAAAUAUAUUUUGUCUUGUGAAUUUAUUAUUUGAAUGUGUAAAAAAGUGUUGAAAUGAUAAUUUAAAAAAAUUAUUUAAUAAAUUUACUAAGUAAUUGUUAACCUACUAAUUAUAGAUAAUUUAAUUUUUAUUUUUUAAAUAUUAAAAUUAAGUAUUUUUAAUAAUUUAAAAAAAAAAGUGUGUUACUUUGCUCAGUGAGGAAUGAUAAUUUUAUCACAAAACAAGUUCACUGAUAAUGUUCAAGAAUUUUGGUUUGAUAUUGAAGACAAAAAACAAUUAAGACACUCAACAUUCAGCUGAUUUUAACAUUGAUAUUUUUUUUUUAAAUUAAUUCCUACACCUUGAUAUUUUAAAAUGGAGAAAAAAGGAUCAAUCUACGUUAAAGCGGUCGAAUGUGAGACUCAACCAACUCAUCAGGCAGUGGAGACAAAAAUAUAUCCAAUGCGAUGGGCUGUACUUGCAAUAUUUGUCUUCUACAGUGCAAGUAACGCAGCACAAUGGAUACAAUACAGUAUCAUCCCAGAUGUAGUCAAAAAACAUUAUGGUGUUUCUGAUUUGACAGUGGACAUGACCAGCAUGAUAUACAUGAUAACCUACAUUCCAUUUAUUUUUCCAGCAAGUUAUUUUCUUGACAAAUACGGCCUUAGAAAUGCAGCACUAGUUGGUGCAAUUGGAAAUGCCUUGGGAUCAUGGAUCAAAGUAUUUUCUGAUGCACCUGAUAAAUUUUGGCUUGGUUUCUUGGGUCAUACUGUGGUUGCUGUUAGUCAAACAUUUAUAUUAUCAGUACCCUCGAGAUUGGCUGCAGUAUGGUUUGGACCAGAUCAAGUUAGCAGUGCUUGCAGCAUUGGAGUAUUUGGAAAUCAACUUGGCGUAGCUAUUGGAUUUUUAUUUCCACCAAUGUUGGUACCAGACAGUGAUGAUCCUGAAGAAGUUAGACAAGGCUUUAAACGCAUGUUUUACAUUGUUGCUGGUGCUACAUCAAUUAUACUGGCUCUAAUAAUUUUAUUCUUUAAAAAUGAACCACCACUACCACCAAGUCCAGCACAAGCUGUACAACGAGAAGCUGAACAUGCUGAAGAUUUUUUCCAAUCGAUCAAGAGACUUUCAACAAAUUCUGGAUAUCAAUUGUUACUUUUGAGUUAUGGUAUUAAUGUUGGUAUUUUUUAUGCCAUUAGUACACAUCUUGGUAGAAUUGUUUCAGCUCAUUUUGAGCAUAGCGGUGAAGAUGCUGGUCGUAUUGGCUUGACAAUUGUUUGUGCUGGUAUGAUGGGAUCAGUUCUUUGUGGAAUUGUUCUUGAUAAAACACGACGAUUCAAAGAAACAACACUUGGUGUUUACAUGUGUUCAUUGCUUGGAAUGAUAAUAUUCACAAGUACAACAAGCACACCAACAAUUCUUGUCUAUUACAUCACUGCUGGUAUACUUGGAUUUUUCAUGACUGGUUAUUUACCAGUUGGUUUUGAAUUUGCUGCUGAAUUAACAUACCCAGAACCUGAGGGAACAUCUGCUGGUUUAUUAAAUGCAGUUACUCAAGUAUUUGGUAUUUCAAUAACAAUGCUUUGGGGACGUAUAUUUGAAUGGUCUAAUGAUUUUUGGGCAAAUGUUAUACUUUGUUGUAUACUUGCUGUUGGUGCUUUUCUAACAUCAAUAAUACCAAAUGAUUUACGACGACAAAAUGCUAAAUUUUAAACUAAAAUUAUUUUAUUUUUGACUCUAAUACAUAUCAAGUAGAAGUUUAAAUAAUUUAAAAAUGAACGAUAAAUAAAUUUAUAAUAAUUGUCAAAAUUUACAUUAUAAAUUUCAAAAAUAAUACAACACAUAUCGGCAAAAUAUUGAGAUUUAGAAUGUACAGUGUUAAAAUUUAGAUGUGAUUAUGAUAAAUUUAUAUAAUGUUCUUCUCAAUAUGUCUGCCAAAAAGUAUUCAUGAUUAGAUUGAAGUUUAAUACCAUGUGUGCCGUAUUUAUGAGCUGAUAAAAUAUCUUUCUAAUUAUGUUAUUCUUUUCUUCAUAUAUUAACAAGUUCAAAUAUAUUUAUCGAUUCAAAGAAAUUUAUAUAUUAAAAUAUCACUGGAGAAAAAAUAGAGAAAAAUUGCUAUUUAAUUAUCAUUUAAUUUUUAUUUAUUAUUGCAUUUGUUUAAAAAUUAAUAAAAAUCCAUUUUUAAAUACGUAAUGUUAGUAAUAAUUAAAAAAUUUUAAAAUGAAAAUAUAAAAAUACAAUUGAAUUUUUUGAUGUAAAAAUAAAAUAGAAAAUCAAAUUGUUUUAUCUCACAUUGUUAAAUUAAUUUUUUUUUUAUAUAUUUUAAAUUUAUAUUAUUAUAAUUUUAUUUUUUAUUAUUAUUACUAUUAUUUUUUGUUGUUAUAAUGACUAUUAAUGAGAGAUUUUAUAUUGAGAAUUCAGUUGAUGCUUGUUUUAAAUUAUGAGCAAAAAUAAGAAUAUAUAUUUAUUGUAAAAAAAAAAUGUUAGUGAGUAAUAAUUAUUGAUUAUUUGUUGUUAAUUGUUAAUCAAUAAAUUAGCCAUAUAGUCAAAUAAUAAUUGUAACAAUUUUAAUGUUUUAGAUACUCAAAUUUUGAGCUUGUAUUGUUGACAUAUCAUUUUUUUAUUACUAUUAUUUAGAAAAUUUGUGUUUACAAAAGUUUUAAACAAGCACGAUGUAGUUAAUAAUUAUUCAUCAAAUAUUCUAGUGACAAUAAUAACAUUCCAAUAAUUAAAUAAACAAAAAAAUAACCACAAAUUUACAUAUAUAAAAAUGUUAUACGUAUGAAAAUAAUAGUUGAUUGUGAAAAUAAAGGAAAAAAAAAUAUUAUAUUUCCAAAAUCAUUGAGCUGUAAUUGUCAUUUUCUAUGUAGAAAAAAAAGCUGGAGUCUCAAUAUUUGUUUGUAAAUAUUUUAUGUUAUUUAAUAUGUUUUUUUGUUGGUUUUCAUAAUUUGAUUUUUAUUUGUCAGUUCAAUUUUUUUCGACAUGAGUUAUUUAUUAUUUAAAUUUCAUUAAAUCUUGAAUUGAGAGGAAUUUAUUUAUAGCUCAUAAUACGAAUUGAUAAAUGAAUAUUGUAUGAAAGAUGAAAUAUUGCAGACAGUAUUGUUGGAAUAAUCAUUGCACAGAUUGUAGACUGCACAAAAAUAUAAAAAUAUUUAUUUGAGAUUUUAAUCGCUGUUAAAAUGAAAAUGAGAUUAUAUAUUAUCGUGUGUUAUAUCGUUCGACAUAUCAAAAAUUAUAAUUAAAAAAAUUCUUUAUGUUUUAAGUGUAUAUUAAGACAAUAGUUUAACUGAAUGAAAUGUCAUGUUUUUAGGCCUACAUUAUAUAUUAUUUAUUAAUAAACUUUUGAUGAAAAUUUUUAUUUAUCAUAAGUCAAUAAAACUGCAUAAAACAUUUAUCAA